AUGCGGAAGCAGGCUGGAGCCGCGGGAGCGCGUCUCGCCUCGCUGCGGUUGUUGGCAGCGACGGAGAUAGCCCAGCUGGAGUGGAUCAGUUCGUUUUUCUUAGGUGUCUGUUAUUGUGGAUUUGUGAAACAAUACCUCAAUUUAUUUCAGAAUGUUCAAGAUCCUUCAGUAUUUGUAACUUUCCCUUUGGAAGAAGAUGAAACUGUAUCUUUAGUUGCUUGGACAACCACUCCCUGGACUCUACCUAGUAACCUUGCUGUCUGUGCUAAUCCAGAAAUGCAAUAUGUGAAAAUUAAAGAUGUUGCCAGAGGAAGAUUACUCAUUUUAGUGGAAGCCAGAUUGUCAGCCCUCUGUAAUAAAUUGGAGAGUGACUAUGAGAUCCUUGAAAAGUUUCCUGGUGCCUAUCUUAAAGGCAAGAAGUAUAGGCCCAUGUUUGACUAUUUCGUGAAGUGUAAAGAGAAUGGCGCUUUCACUGUGCUUGUUGACAACUAUGUGAAGGAAGAAGGCGGCACAGGGGUUUUCUACCAAGCUCCUUACUUUGGUGCUGAUGACUAUCAGGUCUGUAUGGACUUUAUUCGGAAAGACUCACUCCCCGUUUGCCCUGUGGAUGCUUCAGGCUGCUUCACAACAGAGGUGACAGAUUUCGCAGGACAGUAUGUGAAGGAUGCUGACAAAAGUAUCAUCAGGACUUUGAAGCAACAAGGCCAACUUCUGGUUGCCACCACCUUCACUCACAGCUACCCUUUUUGCUGGAGAUCAGACACUCCUCUAAUUUACAAAGCAGUGCCCAGCUGGUUUGUGCGAGUGGAGAACAUGGUGGACCAGCUCCUAAGGAACAAUGACCUGUGCUACUGGGUCCCAGAGUUGGUACGAGAAAAAUGAUUUGGAAAUUGUCUGAAAGGUGCAUGUGACUGGACAAUUCCCAGAAAGAGAUACUGGGGCACCCCCAUCCCACUGUGGGUCAGCGAUGACUUUGAGGAGGUGGUAUGCGUUGGGUCAGUGGCAGAACUUGAAGAACUGUCAGGAGCAAAGAUCUCAGAUAUCCACAGAGAGAGUGUUGACCACCUGACCAUUCCUUCACGCUGUGGGAAGGGAUCCUUGCACCGCAUCUCUGAAGUGUUUGACUGUUGGUUUGAGAGUGGCAGCAUGCCCUAUGCUCAGGUUCAUUACCCAUUUGAAAACAAGAGGGAGUUUGAGCAUGCUUUUCCUGCAGACUUCAUUGCCGAGGGCAUCGACCAAACCAGAGGAUGGUUUUAUACCCUGCUGGUGCUGGCCACGGCCCUCUUUGGACAACCGCCUUUCAAGAACGUAAUUGUGAAUGGGCUCGUCCUGGCAAGUGAUGGCCAAAAAAUGAGCAAACGGAAAAAGAAUUAACCAGAUCCAGUUUCCAUCAUCCAGAAGUAUGGUGCUGAUGCCCUCAGAUUAUAUCUGAUUAACUCCCCUGUGGUGAGAGCAGAAAACCUCCGCUUUAAAGAGGAGGGUGUGAGGGACGUCCUUAAGGAUGUACUGCUCCCAUGGUACAAUGCCUAUCGCUUCUUAAUCCAGAACGUUCUGAGGCUCCAGAAGGAGGAAGAAAUAGAAUUUCUCUACAAUGAGAACACGGUUAGAGAAAGCCCCAACAUUACAGACUGGUGGAUCCUGUCCUUCAUGCAGUCUCUCAUUGGCUUCUUUGAGACUGAAAUGGCAGCUUAUAGGCUUUAUACUGUGGUGCCUCGCCUGGUCAAGUUUGUAGAUAGUCUGACCAAUUGGUAUGUUAGAAUGAACCGCAGAAGAUUAAAGGGUGAAAAUGGGUUGGAGGAUUGUGUCAUGGCCCUAGAAACCUUGUUUAGUGUUCUGCUUUCUCUUUGCAGACUUACAGCUCCCUAUACACCUUUUCUCACUGAAUUGAUGUACCAGAAUCUAAAGGUGCUGAUUGACCCUGUUUCUGUUCAGGACAAGGACACACUCAGCAUCCACUACCUCAUGCUGCCCCAUGUUCAAGAAGAAUUGAUUGACAAGAAAACAGAGAGUGCAGUAUCUCAGAUGCAGUCUGUGAUUGAACUUGGAAGAGUGAUCAGAGACCGAAAAACUAUUCCCAUAAAGUAUCCUUUGAAAGAAAUUGUAGUUAUCCAUCAAGAUCCAGAAGCUCUUAAAGAUAUCAAGUCUUUGGAGAAGUAUAUCAUUGAGGAAUUGAAUGUUCGAAAAGUUACACUGUCUACAGAUAAAAACAAGUAUGGCAUUCGACUAAGGGCUGAACCAGAUCACAUGGUCCUGGGGAAGAAUCUGAAGGGAGCCUUUAAGGCAGUGAUGACGUCCAUCAAGCAGUUGAGCAGUGAGGAGCUGGAGCAGUUCCAGAAGACUGAAAUCAGUUUAAAAGUUGCAGUACCCCCGGUGAACUUACAAGCAAGAAGAGCUGAUUUGAAGCAGGAGGUGAAGGAGGUGGGCAAGGAGCAGCCCAGACUGGAGGCUGAGUACCCUGCCAACACCACCAAGAACCGUUACCCACAUGUGCUACCCUACGACCACUCCAGGGUCAGGCUGACCCAGCUGGAGGGAGAGCCUCAUUCUGACUACAUCAACGCCAACUUCAUCCCAGUAAGGGCCACCGGUGAGGCCGUCCAUGUGAUCUGGGAUCGGCUCGGGAGAUGGGCUGGUUUGCAGGCCACACUGGCCUUCACUAGCUGUAACAGCUCUGGCCACACCCGCCCGCCCACAGGAAUUCAUUGCCUCUCAGGGGCCUCUCAAGAAAACGCUGGAGAACUUUUGGCGGCUGGUGCGGGAGUAGCAGGUCCGCAUCAUCAUCAUGCUGACAAUCAGCAUGGAGAACGGGAGGGAUGCCGGAGCCCAGGCAAGGGAGAGCAGCUCCUGGAGGAGGGAGCCUUGGAGCUGGGUCAUUACAGAGAGCAGAAUCCCAGCAGGGUGGCAGGGACCAGAAAGGUGGGCAGGGAGCGGUGGGACUGGGUAAAGCAGGGGGCGGCAGUGAUAGGGCUGGGCCUACAGCCGCCCCUCCUCUCUUCAACCUUCUGGUCCCAGGUGCUGUGUGAGCAUUACUGGCUGACCAACCCUACCCUGGUCACCCAUGGUCACAUUACCAUCCACCUCCUAGCCGAGGAGCCUGAGGAUGAGUGGACCAAGCGGGAAUUCCAGCUGCAGCACGUGCUUGCCCCAAGGAUGAGGGGUGGGACAGGCAUUAGAGCUGAGACCCCUGAGAAAGUUGCCUCACUUCCUGGGUCCCUGGAGCCCUCUCUUUUGGAGGACCACAAGUACUCAGUCACCACCCAGGGAAGUGUGUGUUAG